GAUUCUUCUUGGAAAAAGAAAGUUUCCGUUGCCGGGACUCGAACCCGGGUCUUUCGGGUGAGAGCCGAAUAUCCUAACCAACUAGACUACAACGGAUUGUUGAUGAUGCUACUAUAAGAGAAAUCUAUCACUAAAUAAACAAUCGAUCGGUGACUAAAAACAGGAUGUUCACAGCUCAAUUUGGAAACUGAAAUUUUUUUGGUUAAGUGAAGAAAGUCCAGCACUUUCCUAUAAACUCUGCAAUUCUCAACUGAGAGUGAAAAAGGGUUUAAGCCCUUUAAAUUUAAAGCUUUUUUUUUUUUAAUCUCACAGAUUCCAAAAAUGGAAUCUUUGAGACACAUUGGCAUCGGCUUGUUCACUCCCACUUUAACUCCAUUGCCUCACCCCCGAAAACCAUCCAAACUCCACCACCCUUCAACCGCCACCGUCUGCGCCGCCAGUAAAUGGGCUGACCGCCUCCUCGCCGACUUCCAAUUCCUCCCAACCACCACCGACAACUCUUUCUCCUCCUCAACCAUCACUCUCUCUCCCCCUUUCCCUCCCCCUCUCUCCCCGUCUCCUCCCGAACGCCACGUGUCCAUCCCCCUCGAUUUCUACAAGGUGUUAGGAGCUGAGACUCAUUUUCUAGGUGAUGGAAUCAAAAGAGCCUAUGAAGCAAGGGUUGCCAAACCGCCUCAACAUGGGUUCAGUCAAGACACCUUAAUUAGCCGAAGACAGAUUCUUCAAGCCGCCUGUGAAACCCUAGCUAACCCUGGCUCUAGACGAAAUUACAAUCAAGGCCUUGUCGAUGAUGAGCGUGACACUAUCAUCACUCAAGUUCCCUGGGACAAGAUUCCUGGAGCAUUGUGCGUUUUGCAAGAAGCAGGGGAAACUGAAGUGGUGCUUCGAAUUGGGGAGAGUUUACUGAGAGAGAGGCUGCCGAAGGCAUUUAAGCAGGAUGUCGUUCUGGCAAUGGCCCUUGCUUACGUGGACUUGUCAAGGGAUGCUAUGGCAUUGAAUCCGCCGGAUUUUAUUAGUGGCUGUGAGGUGCUUGAGAGGGCUUUGAAGCUGUUGCAGGAGGAAGGAGCCAGCAGUCUUGCACCAGAUUUGCAGUCUCAGAUUGAUGAGACAUUAGAAGAAAUUACCCCACGUCGUGUUCUGGAACUUCUAUCUUUACCCCUUGAUGAUGAGUACCGGACAAAGAGAGAGGAGGGUCUUCAUGGUGUACGCAACAUAUUAUGGGCUGUUGGUGGAGGAGGAGCUGCUGCAAUUGCGGGAGGUUUUACCCGUGAAGAUUUUAUGAACGAGGCCUUCUUAUGCAUGAUAGCAGCUGAGCAGGUUGAUCUAUUUGCUGCCACACCAAGCAAUAUUCCUGCAGAAAGUUUUGAAGUUUAUGGAGUAGCACUUGCACUUGUUGCUCAAGCAUUUCUGAGCAAGAAACCUCAUCUCAUCAGAGAUGCUGAUAACCUCUUCCAGCAGCUUCAGCAGACUAGGGUAACAACUCUAGGGAACUCUGUCUCUCUCUAUACUCCUGUGGAAAACCAUGAGAUAGACUUUGCUUUGGAAAGGGGUCUCUGUUCAUUGCUUGUGGGGGAGCUUGAUGAGUGUCGCUCAUGGUUGGGCUUAGACAGUGAUAGCUCCCCUUAUAGAAAUCCAUCUAUUGUAGGUUUUGUCUUGGAAAACUCAAAGGAUGAUGAUGACAGAGAUCUUCCUGGGCUUUGCAAACUAUUGGAGGCGUGGCUAAUGGAGGUGGUUUUUCCAAGAUUUAGAGACACCAAAGAUAAACAAUUCAAGCUUGGAGAUUAUUAUGAUGAGCCUACUGUCUUGAGAUAUUUAGAAAGGCUUGAGGGAGUGGGCGGUUCACCCUUAGCUGCAGCAGCAGCUAUAGUGAGGAUAGGUGCAGAGGCUACUGCAGUUCUUGAUCAUGUAAAGGCUAGUGCAAUUCAGGCAUUGCAGAAGGUGUUUCCUCUUCGUCGCUCGGAAGAGAGUGUGAGACAUCAAUUAGAUGGUGAGAUGAACAGCUUUUUCCCUGCCACCGAAAAUGAAGGGACACUGGGGAAACCUGAUCAAGAGGAUGCUGCCAUCGUAGAAGAGAUUCCUGGGAUAAGUAGUUUGGAAGAAGUGUAUGAAGAAGAAACAAUGACUGACAAAAUUAAAGAUGCUAGUGUCAAGAUCAUGUCUGCUGGUGUGAUAAUUGGACUGAUGACGUUGGCUGGCUUGAAGUUUUUACCUGGUAGAUCUGUUAUCGGCAAAGAAAUCAGCCCAGCUAAGGCAUCUAAUGUCAUUAAUGGGACAGAGAAUUGUUUUUCUCUCUCAACAAGGUCCGUAGAUGAAAAUUCGUUGCUAGAAUUACCUAGAAUGGAUGCAAGAAUUGCAGAAGGCAUUGUACGCAAGUGGCAGAACAUUAAAUCUCAGGCAUUUGGACCUGAUCACUGUCUUGAUAAAUUGCCAGAGUACCAGGUUUUGGAUGGUCAGAUGUUGAAGACAUGGACUGAUCGUGCAGCUGAAAUUGCCCAGCUUGGUUGGAUAUAUGAAUGUAGUCUACUGAACCUGGCAAUUGACAGUGUUACUCUUUCACUAGAUGGGCAGCGUGCGGUAGUGGAAGCAACUCUUGAAGAGUCCACCCACUUGACUGAUGUUCAUCAUCCAGAGAACAAUGCCUCUAAUGUACAAUCCUACACAACAAGAUAUGAGAUGUCUAGUUCCAAGUCUGGCUGGAAAAUCACCGAAGGAUCUGUCUACAAAUCAUAGAUGACAUAAAACAUAAGAAGGCUGAAAGCUCAGAAAUGAAUGCCGACUUUAUCUUUUUUCCAUAGCUAUUUUUAGUGUCAUAUUUGCCGAAAACAGAGCAUGCAUUUGAAUCAUGUGAGAAGAAGCUCAACCCGAAGAGUUAAGCCAAUUUUCUGCUAUCUUCAUUUUCUUAUUAAAAUUUUCAUUAGCUCAUCAGUCAUGAGUUUUUGGUUUGGUGAGCCAUAUAAAUGCCUCUGACUAAGUCCUGUCUUUGGACGUAUUUGAAAAAAUACCUUCCUUCUAUUAUUAUUCCCUUGGCACAUCAAAUGCAAUGAGCAAGAUAUUGUCAAAUUGAA